UCCAAUUUCUUUUUGCACCUUGUUAAUCUGAUAUUGUUUGCUUGUUUCUUUGCUGUGAUUAUAUGCUAAAUUGCUUGUUGUGAACGAUCACGAUCUCGUCUAAGUUUUAGCUUACCAUAUUAUGUUUUGGUUAAGAUCGAGAUUUUUUCGAGAACAAUUUGGUCGAUCAGUUCUUCUCAACUAUAAGCAUCAAUUGCAUUUCAAUUAAGAUCGGUCAAAUUGGAAUUUGUGUCUGUGUCUGCGUAAGUUCGAUCUCGUUAUUUCUUCGUAAGUGAUUUGGAGUUCUGAGAUCUGGAGCUACUUGUUAUAGGUAGCUGUAAUUUGGUUUGUUUAGAGUUGAAGAUGAAUGCGAAAUUAGGAAGAUCAGUUUCUUAUUAGAGAUCCAGAGUUGCAGGGACCGCUGCCUGUUUUUCUUUUUCCCUGUGUUUUGUGAGGCAAUGCUGUUUACCGUGUGCAGUGAAGGACGAAAUGGAAGGCACAGUGUUCACCCCUGCAUUGGAAGGGAUGCAGCAUGUUAAGUCGGAAGACGGAGUAAUGCUAACUAAGCCAUUCUUGGAUGUAUGCAAGCUUAUCUUACCUGUGAUUGAAAAAUUUGGAGCUGCUAUGGCACUUGUCAAAUCUGACAUUGGAGGCAACAUAACUAGGCUAGAGAACAAAUAUUUGUCCAGCCCAACGAAGUAUACUCAUCUAUACACUAUGGUACAAGAAGAAGUUGAUGCUAAGACUGCUAAAGGCUCAUCUAGUUGCACCAAUGGCCUCCUUUGGUUGACAAGGGCAAUGGAUUUCUUGGUAGAAUUGUUCCGUAAUUUAAUUCAUCAUCAAGACUGGUCUAUGUCUCAAGCCUGUAGUGAGGCCUAUGCGAAGACUCUGAAAAAAUGGCAUGGUUGGCUGGCAAGUUCAAGCUUUUCUGUUGCUAUGAAGCUCGCGCCUGAUAGGAAAAAGUUUUUAGAUGUUGUUGCUGGAAAUGGUGAUGUUAAUAGUGAUAUUGAGAAAUUCUGCACCACUUUCUCACCAUUUCUUGAGGAGAACCACAAAUUCUUGGCUAGCGUUGGCUUGGAUGAUCUAAAGGCAUCUUAGAUGAAUGAUGAGGAAAAUUAUCUUCCUGCGGCUAUAAUUUUACUACAUUGCUAUACGAGUGCUAAUAAAUUCAACACAAAAUAUUACUGUCUUGUGCUUAUGUAACCUUGGCUUGGGUGUACGUGGAUUUUUUAUUUGAAAAAUAUUAUUUUAGAACUAAAUUUAAUAGCUAAACACAAUCCAGAUUUUUAUCUGACUUUCGCAUUAAAA